ACCGAUCAAAUCAGAUUCCAAGGUUCCCGAAAAAUGGAAUUUAAGGGAAACUACUGGCAUGAAACCUGCUUUGUGUGCAAGCAUUGCCAACAGCCAAUAGGAACUAAACCUUUGAUUUCCAUAGAGAGUGGCAAUUAUUGUGUGCCGUGUUUUGAGAUGGAGUUUGCUCACUACUGCAGCUUUUGUAAGAAGGUGAUUACUUCAGGUGGGAUAAUGUUUUGUGGCCAGCCAUGGCAUAAAGAGUGCUUUCUGUGCCGUGGCUGUAGGAAAGAGCUCUGUGAAGAAGAGUUUAUGUCCAGAGAUGAUUAUCCAUUCUGCUUGGACUGCUACAACCAUCUUUAUGCCAAAAAGUGUGCCACCUGCACCAAGCCUAUUACUGGUUUCAGAGGUGCCAAGUUUAUCUGCUUUCAAGACCGCCAGUGGCACAGCGAAUGCUUUAACUGUGAGAAGUGCUCAGUCUCCUUGGUGGGGGAAGGCUUCCUGACUCACAACAAGGAAAUCUUCUGCCACAAAUGUGGCUCUGGGGUGGACACUGACAUGUAGAAGACAGUCCUUCCCCACCUGAAAUCCACCUUGCUUUUGUUCUCACUAAAUCCAGAACUCGAUCGACGCUGUAUUUCUGACUUAAUUUUUAGAAAAAAUUCACGUAGAGUUUAUAGCGGAAGAGUUUUUGCACACAGUCUGAUUGAACUAUGUUAUAAGAGCUCAAAAAAAAAAAAAAAAAAAAACACAGUCUAACAGAAAUGAAUAUAUACUAAGUCGCAAAGGCACCUUUCCUUGCAAAAUACUGCACUCUGCUGUUAGAAAUACAGGAAAAUAUUUCUUUACUGUAAUCAAGUGUAUGAUCUAUACCUAGAAGUCAUGGAUGAUAUUACUGAAAACUGAUGUUUUUCAAACCUGCAGAGUAAAAAGGAAAACAAGAGAUCAAAUUGAAGGGCAUACAUGAAACUAAUGUUUGCAUUCCUAACUAGCUAGUUAUACAUAACAUGAUUGGCUGUGAAUGGUAGAACAAAAAUGAUCAGGAGGAACUGAUUACUAAUCAUCACAUUUAAGUAUUUUGUCAUUUUAUCAUUCUUUUAUUGUUCACAAGUACUGACUUCAGAGUUGAAGAACAAAGCUACGAUUUGCCCUCAUCCAUCCUGCUUCCACAGCUGGUUGGUUACCAUAUUUAAUCAGUGGAAUUUGAGAAUUCUGGACACUAUGCCUCUCAUUCUCUUUAUAUUCUCUGCAUAUCUAUAAAAGGGUCCUUUCUCCCUAAGGAUAGUCAAAGCAUAGGUUUCAACACAUUUUGUAUUAAAUGCAUUUCAAAGCCCACAAAGAUUUUUUUCUAAAUACUUACAGAUUCCAUGAAAGAAAAUUCUAUUCUUUCAAAAGAGCUAACCAAGAUAAUCAGUCCCCAAAGGCAAACCUUUAAAGUAAAUAGAUCAUUAAAUCAUCACUUCUGGAAAUGAGUUUUAGGGAAGGGAUUGAGUGUUGGAACCUGACUUUCACCCAGAUACCUAAAGGCAUAAUAGAAUGCAUAACUAGCUCUGAGCGUCAUGCAUUUUGCCUUCCAAAAUUACAUAGUUGAUUAAUGGGAAGACAUAAAAGUGGGCUUUAAAGAAACCUAGUAAUAACAAGAACUGAAAAAGAAUAAUUCACUGCUGAUAAUUCAGGACCUGCAAAGCAGCACCACAGAGCGAUAAGGUCUACAGACGAGCCCUCCCCACUGUUCCUCCAUGCCCAUGCAACUCACCUCACCCAUGCCAAUGGUGUUCUAGAGCUUCAAGCUCUUGCAUGACUGUGAGGGGCACUCUCAACCCUCGGUAGCCAAUCUACAAAUAAGCCAGUGUUUAUUGGUCACAGCCUUAGUAAAAAGCCUAUCACCAUGUGUUUAACUUUAUACCAGACAUCUACUGAUGAUGACCUUACCUAGCUGCCCCUGGACAAAAUUUUCCACAUUAUGUGGGAUAAAUGGAAAUCAACCUCUGCUCUCCAUGCUCAGUUACCACCCUUUGUUAUGGUGUCACUUGGGUGGAGCAGAGAGAGGUCACGAGAAGAAACCCACAUUGACAUAACAUUUUUAUAAGUGUCUACUCUCAGAUUACUGCAUAGCAUUAAAGGUUCUGAUUGAAGUCUAAUUACAUGCUGUGGCUGAUUACAACUACAUCACAAGAGAUUUAAUUAAAAUUGUUAUGGAAACACAUUUUUUGAAAUAGUUUAAAAUGCAAGGACAUUUGGAGAUUAGCAAUUUAGAGAUACUAAUAAAAGGUCAGGCUUCAUAGGCGAUUUGAAAGAUAUAAUUGUCCUUUUUUUGGUAUUAACAAUGCCAAGAUAUUUUCUCUUAUUCACAUUGUUAAAUGCAGGCAAAAAUAUCCAUAUUUUUCCUGCAUUGUUUGAAAUUACACAUGUGAAACUGAAUAUGCCAAUUGUUCUAUGAUCUAGAAUAUAACAGUGUAUCAUAUAUUUAGAAAACCAAGCCAUUUUGAAUCUGUGUAGAUAUACAACAUGUAACACUGUCUCAGUUAGUCAAUUAUAAACAAACAUACAAAAUGUAAUGGUUUUUCUUAAACAAUUGGU